GAUUCCUUCACCUUCUUUAGUUGCAUAAAAAAUAUAUAUUUCGUUUUUGCAUUUAGAGAAGAAACUUUUGGGUGUUGGACCAAAAAAAAAAUUCUUGUAAGUGCACAGUGGAGAAUUUGAGCAUCAAACAAAGGGACAAAAAAGUUAGAGACCUUGUUAAAAAGUAAAGAGUAAAUAAUACAGAAUAGAAAGAUUAACACGAACACACAAAUCAUAAACAUAAAGCAAAAAUUUUCACUUAGUUAAUAAUUUUUCAUUUCUACACCAACUUGCUAUUGUUUAUUUAAUAGGUGGCUUUUAGGGCAGGUGUCAACUUUCUAAAAGCCAUUCAUCUAUCUUCUAAACCCGCUUAAUCCCCUUUGGGGUCAUGAGAUUGCUGGAACCUAUCCCAGCUACUGUUAGGCAAAGGCAGGAUACAUCCUGGACCGUUUACUUCCUUUAAGCUUCCACGUAAACUAAAUUUUUUAGCUCCUCUAGUCAAACCUUUCCAAACCUUGAUUCUGCUCGGUGCGUUUCUCGAUAAAUAAAGGGGUGGUGGAACUUUCAAUUCUUGAAGAGACAUGGUGGCGUUUUUAUCGUCAGUUGUUUUCCUGGCAAUCCUCCUGUAUCCUGUUUUGUCAUGUCGGAUUGGAAACAGAAGUGAGUGUGAAGCUGCCACUUUCAUACCAGGCCACAAUCUGGUGGGAGAAGGCUUCGACGUGGUCAGGCUGCAACGAAAAGGAGCUUAUGUGAUUGAUGUGAAGACCUACCUCACAGACAGCGGCCUCUGCACCCUCUGCUCCAACUCCCUCCAAGGAAACAGACUGCAGAAAUUACCAGCUUCUGUGAUUGACUGGCGUGCAUUCAGCCGCUGCAGUACUGACAUCCACAGCUCUUCCCACACUACUGUCAGCUCCUUAAUUAAGACGUACUGUGCGCAGGACAGUAAUGACUGGAAGGUUGGUCUGAAUUUAGAAAAGUAUGUGUCGGCCAACCUGGAAGUGGGAGGAACACGCUCCUCCGUUUACAGCUUUGGUUCACAAAGGACCAGUGAAGAUCGUCACUCCUUCAGCAUACACAGAGUCACCUGCAGGCAUUAUAGUUUUCGCACAUCAGCCAGACCACCCCUCAGUUCGGAGUUCAGAAAGGAUGUGGGAAAGCUGCCAAGCCAUUACAACUCAUCCACCAGAGAUCAAUACAGGGAACUUAUUCUUAUCUACGGCACACACUACAUCAGACAGGUUCAUCUUGGAGGAAGGCUGAGGCGAGUGACAGCAUCACGAACCUGUUUGAGUGCACUGAAUGGACUCUCCUCAAAUCAGGUGCACUCUUGUUUAUUUCUGGGUAUGUCAGUUGGUUUGGGAAAGUUGAAACCAUCCAGAGAUUAUGAGUCCUGCAAACAGGUUCUCCAGAACCAAGGUAUUUCCACAACAUACAACUCUGGCUUCCAUCAGCACUACACAGACGUCUCAGGAGGCAAUGGAUGGCUAGGGGAGUUUUCACUUGCCCACAAUGACUCUACGGGCUACCUGAGUUGGCUGGCAUCUUUAAAGGACCACCCAGAUAUCGUUUCUUACUCACUUCGCCCAAUAUAUGACCUAAUGCCGAGUGAGACCCAAAGAGCUGGGAUGAAGGCCGCUAUUGAGAAAUACCUGGGGGACAACGCCAUGAAGCGCUCACCAAAUGAACCAGUGUGUGGAGGGUAUACUCCCAAUCUGGCUCCCAACUGCUGUCCCAUCCAGGCCUGGAGAGGAACCUUGAAGGUGACCAUCAUCCGAGGAUGGAACUUGCGAGGUGAUUUAACAGGCAAGACCGAAAGCUAUGCCCAGAUGUGGUUUGCUUCACACUAUCACCGGACUCCCAUGAUUCGGACAAAUGAUCCACAAUGGAACGCUUACUACAAUUUGGGAAAGGUGGACACACAUUCUAGUUUGAAAGUUGAGGCCUGGGAUGAAGACGUGAAAAAUGAUGACCGCCUGGGAUCAUGUGUGAGGUCUGUGGUUCAGGGCACACACAGAUUCACCUGCCCAGCUAAAAAGGGUGGCUUUGAGGUCCAGUACACUCUGACCUGUGACCCUCAUCUGACAGGAAACAAGUGUGAACGAUACAAACCAUCUCCCAAGUAACAAGUGUUUUUAAAAAACAUAAUUUUCCAGAAAUUUCUCAAAUUUGAUCAAAAUGUCCUAACUGCUUGUCUUUGUCCGACAUGAUAGCUUUUGAUUUAAAAAUCUGACUGUUCUUUUGAUCUGAAAAAUGUCUCCAAUAACAAUGUCACUGAAAAAGUCACAAUAUCUUGAAUAUUUGAAGGAAUGAAUGACUGAAUGAAUGAAUGAAAAGGUUUAUUUCAAGAAAUCAGGAAAUAAUACAUAAAAUAACAUCUUACAUUAUCAAUCACAAGUCUAAUAAUUCUAAUUGUCAUGUUGUCACCUGAACCCCACUUUCUGAUCACAUGUAAACACAUUUUUUCCUUUUACUUAAAGGGUAACCAAAGCCUAAAUCAACUUUUUUGGGGGGGCUUUUGACCUCUAUAAAUGAGGCUUUAAAAGUUCUGUCUGUUGGUCAUUGCCAAAU